AUGAAUAAAAUUCAAUUAUUCAUUUUAAUAUUAACAGUAUUGUUAGUCACUACUGAUAAUAGACAUCGUAGGCCAUAUGUAACUGCAUUAAAAAUUAAUAAUAAUAAUAAUAAUAAUAAUAAUCAAUUAUCUGUUGAAUUACUACAACAACAACCACAACAACCACAAAUCCAACACAUUGAUCAAACGAUAGAAGAGAUUGAAGAGGUAUUGGCAGCAGACCAAGAACAAGGUGAUGUUUUAGGUGAUAUAGAUUCAGAUAUACCAUCAUGGAACCCUGUUGCAAUUACAGGUGGGUCUUCUUCUUCUUCUUCAAGUUCAAAUCAACAUGCAACUCCACCACCACCUCCACCAGAAGGUUUAACUUCAUUUGAAGAGACUAUCACUUCCCCAUCUUACUUCUCUUCAGGUCACCCUUUAACAUCUAGUAGUGGUAGUGGUAGUAGUGGAGUAUUGAGUGGAGCACCAAAAGCAUCGACCACUGCCACUGUCACUCAUCAUGCUGCUGGAGGUAAUGGUGAAUCUGGCAAUGAACCAAAAGGAACCAUCGUAUUAACAUCCACACUCGAUCCAACGUUUAUCUCUGGUAUCUCUACCACACUUGGUAUGCAUGGUCAAUUUGAAGGUGAUAUUCCAGGUAUUGGAGACACUGAAGCACAUGUCAACGCCGAUAUUGAAAGUGAUGCUGCUGCCUCUUCCAAAUCAACAGACAAUAAAUACUUGCUAGUUAGUUUCUACUUGUUCACCUUUCGAAAACUACGUCGACAACAGAUCUACUACUUCCAACUCCUUUCUGGUUUGAAAAGUGUAUAA